CCGGACCUGAGAUACAACACAUGCACAUACACUCACAGAGACUGGGUUAUAUUAUACAUAACAUACGUACAGCACAGAGUUGAAGCAGGAUCUGAGAUGGCAGUAACAGGAGCUGAUGAAAUGGCCCGGCAAUUCCCCAAGGUCACGCUGAGCGAUGUAGAUGAGGAGGUGCGACUGAUUGCUGAAAAGGUGUACGCCUCUGCGCUGAAGGACGAAGAGAAUAAAGAUGCCACCUCCAUGUAUACAGUGCCUGAAGACUGUCCUAUUGGCCUUCAGCAGGCAAAAGAGAGGGAGCUCCUUCGAGAGCUGGCCGAAGAGCAUUCGGAGGAGUCAGUCAAGAGGAAGAAGAGCUUUAAGUUGAUUCGAUCUCAGUCCAUGCAAAUACCUCAUGUCGUGGAUUGUGGAAAAGCGACACCCACACCGCUUGUGUCACCUUCCUCCACCUUUACCUCCAUCCCAGACAAGUUUCCUGAGUACCAGAGAGUCACCAUCAGUGGGGAUUACUGUGCUGGGAUCACUGUGGAGGACUACGAGCAAGCCGCUAAAAGUCUUCUGAAGGCGUUAUUUAUUCGGGAGAAAUACUCAAAGCUGGCGUACCACCGUUUCCCCCAGACAACCGGAAAGUUCUUGCGCAGUGCUGAGAACCAAAAGUGGAAAGAAGAAGAUGAUGUCCAACCAGUCAUCUGCCCAUGCCCUCGGGAAGGAGAGGACCCCUAUAGCAUGGAGAACAUUCCCGAGAACUUGAGUUACAUGCUGAAAAUGAGGGAUGGGAUUGUAUACGUGUAUGAGAAUGCAGCGGCUCUCAAGAAAAACAAACCCCACUGUCUGCCAUACCCUGACCUUGAGACAUUUGCCAUUGACAUGAGCUACGUACUGGCCAUGAUCAUAGAUGGACCCACAAAGACGUACUGCCACAGACGACUAAACUUUCUGAGCUCGAAGUUCUACCUGCAUGAGAUGUUGAAUGAAAUGGCUGAGCUCAAAGAACUCAAAGGUGUCUCACAUCGGGAUUUCUACAAUGUCAGGAAGGUUGACACUCACAUCCAUGCUGCAGCCUGCAUGAACCAGAAACAUUUGCUUAAAUUCAUCCAAACCACCUAUGAGACAGACGCAGAUCGUGUGGUACAGGAGACGGCCGGGAAGAAACUAACCCUUAAACAGGUCUUCAAUAACCUCCAAAUGGACCCUUACGACCUCACUGUGGACUCAUUGGAUGUACAUGCUGGCAGGCAGACAUUUCAUCGCUUUGACAAGUUCAACUCCAAAUACAAUCCGGUGGGAGCAAGCGAGUUGCGAGAAAUAUACCUGAAAACGGACAACUACAUCGAGGGAGAGUACUUUGCACGUAUGAUAAAGGAAGUCGCUCAUGAGCUGGAGGAGAGUAAAUACCAGCACGCAGAGCCCCGCCUCUCAAUCUACGGACGCUCCCCAGAGGAGUGGGACAGUCUUUCCCGUUGGUUUAUUCAGCAAAAGGUCUACUCCCCCAACAUGCGCUGGGUCAUUCAGGUGCCCAGGAUAUAUGAUAUUUUCAUGUCACGUAAGCUGAUUCCCAACUUUGCCAAGAUGCUCGAGAACAUCUUCCUACCUUUGUUUGAGGCGACGGUAAACCCGCAGAAGCACAAAGAGCUGCAUGUGUUUCUUAAAUAUGUAAACGGCUUUGACAGUGUGGAUGACGAGUCCAAGCACAGUGAUCACAUGUUCUACAAGAGCCCCAAACCUGAGCAAUGGACCACCGAAGAGAACCCACCUUAUAGCUACUACCUCUUCCACAUGUAUGCCAAUAUCAUGGUGCUCAACAAUCUGCGCAGGGAAAGAGAUAUGAGUACCUUCCAGUUCCGUCCACAUUGCGGUGAAGCUGGCUCCAUCACUCAUCUGGUUUCAGCUUUUCUCACUGCAGAUAACAUCUCUCAUGGCCUUAACCUUAAGAAGAGCCCUGUCCUUCAGUACCUGUACUACCUGGCCCAGGUACCCAUCGCCAUGUCCCCCCUAAGUAACAACAGUCUGUUCUUGGAGUACUCAAAGAACCCACUGCGAGAGUUUCUGCACAAGGGUCUGUGUGUGUCUCUGUCCACUGAUGACCCCAUGCAGUUCCACUACACCAAGGAAGCGCUGAUGGAGGAGUACGCUAUUGCAGCCCAGCUGUGGAAGCUGAGUACGUGUGAUUUAUGUGAAAUUGCCAGAAACAGCGUGCUGCAGAGCGGCCUAUCUCAUCAGGAGAAGAAGCACUUUCUUGGGGAAAACUACCUGAAGGACGGGCCGGAAGGGAACGACAUCCGUCGCACCAAUGUGGCGCAGAUCCGCAUGGCCUACAGACACGAGACGUUGUGUAACGAGCUCAGCUUCCUGGUAGAAGCCAUGAAAUCCGAGGCCCUGGCCUUGCAUAGUCAGAACAAAACACCCUCCACGCCAUAAAACUGUAGCCAUACACACACACUUGCAUGCUGCCUUAUGCACAAGACUGCCUACGUCAGGUAUUACUUAAUUUCUGCUGCUCGGAAAAACAAAAACCGAACAACCUGCCUCACUGAGAUCUACACUGUAAGUCUUCCAUGUGAGUCUUGGUCUGCAUGCGUGUUCACUGUGGCCUGCGGAUUUGUACUGAGCAGUGGAUCCGUUUGAGAUUUAAUCAUUUCCUUGUACAAACUGUCACUGACAUAUAAAAAAAUAAAGUGUGAAACUUGA